GAGGAGGAGAGCGAGGGUCCAAGGAGGCGUGGCGGUGGCGGUGGGGAAGCUAGGGUUUCGGCGACGGAGGGUAAGGCAGUGGCGAGCGGAGGCGAGGCGGAGGGGCCGAACCUUCCCAGCUGCCCCAUUUGUAUGCUCGCGUGGACCGCCGACGGCGCGCAUCGCGUGAGUUGCAUUCCCUGUGGGCAUGUCUAUGGCCGAUACUGCCUAGAGAGGUGGUUGCUACAGUGCGGCAAGAAAAAAGCACCGUGUCCUCAAUGUGGCAAGAGAUAUAAAGAAAACAACAUUAUCAACCUCUAUGUACCAGAGAUUGCUGUUCCCAAUAAUGAUCUUGAAACGCAAGUAUUGAUGUUGAGAGAGAAAAAUGAAUCUCUUGAGAAGCAACAAGCAAAGUUACUUGAGGAGAUAAAAGAGCAUAAGGUACUUGCACAAAAAAGGCAGAUUAUGUUGCACCAAAAUGUAAUAUACGAAUCAACCUCGAAGAAACAGAAAAUGACAGAGCUGACAUCAGAUGGAACGCCAGAUGCAGAGCCAAUUGCCUCACUUACAGAGGACAUUGACCAUAGAAAUCUGUGCAGUUUCGUUCUCCAGAAUGAGUUUUUGGUUGACGGAGCUCGGGUCAUGGGCAUAGAUGCAUCAAGUCAGGUUAUACUCACUUCUGGAAGGGGACCUGGAGUUGGUGCUGAACACAUCCUGACAAAGAUCAGCAUGUUUGCUAGACAGGGAAUGCAGAAAAUCGACCUCCCUCCUGAUACUAAAGCUAUUAGGGACAUCUGUAUACUGCCUAGGGGGCAUGCUGUUUUUGCAUCACUAGGCAGGAAGUUGUCUCUUUUCAGCAUGGCAACCAACAAUGUUGUCCUUCAAUACAAUCUACCGGCUCCUGGUUGGUCCUGUUCAGGGGAUCAUACUAGUUCGACUCAUCUUUAUACUGGGUUACAGAAUGGGAUGCUAUUGGUCUUUGAUAUUCGUCAAACUUCAGCACCUUUGCAUUGUAUGAUGGGUUUAUCCACACACCCAGUCCAUACAAUCCGCUCUGCUGUAGAUGGCAGUGGUUCCAGAAAGGUUUUCUCUGCUUCUUCUAUAGGACCCUGCAUUUGGGAUGUUGAUGGUGGUGAAGACAGGCCAAAUUUGCUAAGUGGGAUGGAAAACCAAGGGGUCUGCAUUUCUCUUGCAUGCGCCCCUCCAUCAAGUGAUCUCCUGGUGGCUUCCUACCGCCCGAAAGUUGAGCUGCCAGAUGAUAGCGCCACACCCCAAGCGAUUACACCACAAUCACCAGCACCCACUGGUUCAGGAAAGCUAGGGCACCAUACACUCCUAAGGAGGGCCACCACAACAUCCUUUGCCAAGGACCAAACCUGCAGCGGUAAUGUAAGUGACUUGCGAAUGUCAAAGUCUGCAAUCAUACCAUGUGGAGGCAAUCAGCAUCUCUUUGCUUAUGGUGAUGAGUCGCUGUACGGAGUCCGGACAUGGCGGCUGCCUUCGUUUCAGACAUACACUGAUCUCAGGCCCCACAGACAACCGAUCCUUGAUCUAAGGUUUGCUGAAAGUUCAACUGGGGAGAGGUACCUUGGGUGCUUAAGUGCUGAGAAGCUGCAGGUUUUCACAGUUAGGUAGCACAACAGAGAAAACCGAUUGACUUCAUUCUUUAGCUUUGUUUUGCGGUAGCUUUGCAUGCUAACAAAUAAACAUUGGCGAUUCACUAACCCUUUGUUGUACAAGUACAGACCACUAUUGCUCUGUACAGUUUUUGCUAAAUGGUGUGUAAAACCAAGAUGUGCAAUUUUGUAAGAGGCUCCAAUAUAUCACUGUCAAGGGCAGGGAUUCCAUGUUCUGGAGUUUUA